AUGUGCCCUUUUCAGAUUGGAGACAAUGAAGUUGGUGGUGUUGAUGACAAGAAGAACAUAAUAAAAGUAGAGGAUCGCUGUUCUACUGUUCCAUCCGUCUCCAAGCCUGAACCCGAGGUUAUCGAGCUUUCAAGUGGUGACGAGGAUGAGAAAGACGAAGGUAGUAGUUUUCCUCGCCGAGUUCCCCCUCCUCAUCCAUCUUCCGUUGAUUAUGCAAAACGGUCGCGAUUCGCUUUUACAGAUAGAGACAGGAUGGACCGAGAAAAAAUGGAGAAACAGCAUCAAAUAGAGAAAGAGAGAAUUAGAAAACGGCGAAACUCUAGGGAGUUAGAGAAAAUCGAGCUUACUACUACGGGUCGCUUAUUAGUAAAUGCGGGUCACGGGCCGGGAGAACCUGAUGUUCACGUUGCGCCACAUCUUAAUCACGUUUUGCAACCGCACCAGCUUGGUGGAAUCCGCUUUAUGUUG